CCGUCUUCUGAAAGCGCUCUCUCUCUCUCUCUCUCUCUCUCUCUCUCUCUCUCACGCACACACACACACACACGGGGACCUGUCCGCAGAUAUUCAAUCUUCGUUGUGACGAAGAGCUUUCCAAAACAAUUGAGGAGGUGAAAAUAGUUGAAAGUGCUAUCGAUGGAUAUUUUCUUCAAGAAAAAUUCUGAUUUGGCUUACGAUUUCCUGACAAGGAGAGAGAGCACGCUAGUCGGCAUUUCAUGCAUAGGACAUGACUGUUUACAAGCGUGCUCUCUUUCGUUGUCAUAAAUUUGCUUGCCAAUGUGGGUUGUUUUCCUGUCCGUUUGCAUCACAGGUGCAGCAUCAACAGAUGAUGCAGUUAAGAUUUGAAGAUCCGUGAGUAGUAUGUCACAGUGAUGAGUUCAACCGCUACCGCAGCUUCUCUUAAGUUUGCAAGUUUCUUACAAAGGUUUGCGUUUUUUUUAUUGUGUUUGCUGUUGAAUCUGUGCUAUUUUUCAAAAGACCUGUUGGCAUCUGCGCAUACUGUUAUUGGUAACCUUCUUGGUGCAUUUUGGUUUUGAUGUUUAGUGUUACUGGAUUUGCUGUAGAAGUUUUGAUGUAGAAUGAGUUUCUGCAAUCUAUAUUUCCAUUGAAGACACGACACCUUCACUUGUCAUCAUGCAUGCACAAGAAAUCGGCAGGUAUCAAACCGGGAUGUACACCUGACUUCAUGAAACGAUCGUGCUCUUAUGCAAUUCGUAUGAUGCUAAGUAGUAUCAAACUUGAGUUAUGUUCUUCUCUACAGGUUUGGUUGGAUGUAUAAAACAACCAUGUUGUCAUGUUUUGGUAUUCCCUUAUAAUUUAAGGGCGAAUAUGAUAUACUGAAGUGAACUUCUUGGUACUUUCACAAAUUUUCUUCCCCCUUAACUUCGACGGAAGAGUACUAUCGGAUUGGGGAUCUCAAAAGUUUCUAGAGAGAAUCUGUAGUCUUGCCAUAUCUGGUGUCUAUGAGGCCAUUCACUUCUUCUUGGAGGUGACAUCAUCUUUGUUUGUGACAUCCUUCGGUUGGACCGGAGGUUUUAAUUUCACCUUCUCAGGACUCGUUCAUAUGAUUGCUUUGCUUCUGUUUGUGUGAAGAUAUAGUUGACUAGGGGUCAUAACAAAGGAGCAGAGGGUGAAUACUCUUAUUUUUACUUUUACUUUUUCAAUAUUCUUUUUCAGUCUUUCAGAUAUGAGAUGGAACUUGUUCUUUUUGAUGACUAUAGGAAUUUUUUCUUUAUAGGCGGUUUUACAUCCUUAAGCAACUGGGUUUUUGCGUCUUGGGUAAGGAAUUUAUAUAUAUGUGUGUGUGUGUGUGUGUUCACAAAUGGUGGGUUUCUUUAUAGGCCUUGUGGUUUUAGCUAGCUCUAUUGCUCUAGAAACAUGUUUGGCUUUUGUCAACUUCAGUUCAUGCCCUAAUGUACAAGAUGUUUCAUGCUUGCUAGAUGGUGCAACGCGUUGCAGUGAUCUUCUAUUCAUCAUUGCUUGGGUUUCGGCAAUGGCAAUGGUAAUCAUAGUAUUCUUCGGUGUACCGUAGCACUCACUUGGUGAUGUCCAGCAUGUUUUGAGUUUUUAGAGGAUCUGGAUAAAGAAGGGCAUGUUGGACAAAGGAACAUAUAUAGAUUCGGAUACAAAGGUGUCCAGAACCGCUCAAUGUGUGAGAGCUUCGGGUGCAUCAAUCGUGUGAGACUCAUGUUCCUCGGGGAGGUCAGUGAAGUUUUUACCCUUUGAUAAUUUCUUACUAACCGCUGUGCUCCAAAGUUGUAAUCGCUGAGGCUGCGAAGCAAAACCCCGUCCCCAGUGAGUCUCUCUCUCUCUCUCUCUCUCUCUCUCUCUCUCAUUCUAUUACGCUGCCCUUGAAACCACACAAUCGUUUCCAAUGGAAGAUAAAACUAUUAUAUGUAUAUGUUUGAAUCCAAGGACUUAAAACUACAGCGGAAAGACACUGAAAACCCUAGAACUGACUGUCCUCGCCUUUGCUUCUACAUAUACAUGGAAAAUAAUCAUGUCUAUAAGGCUUCAAUUCAUUCACGGUGUUUGGAUACAAGGAAUCAAUCAAAAGGAUUUCUCAGUAGCUUCCUGAUAAUCGUAUUGUGUUUUUUUUUUUUAAUCACUAUCCGAACCUCGGAUUGACGAAGAUGAUAGCUUUUGCGUUCGAACGUUUGAAUGUGUAGGGUUUGCUUUCUUCUUAGUCUAGAUUCAGAUUUUUCCCUUCUUUUUUUUCUCCAAAUAGGAAUUAUUUUGGUGGGUUUUGUUGGACGGGGUAUUUUUUUUUUUUUACGGUCCAAUUUAGUCAUAUCCAGAUUUGAGAAAGUCGAUAAAAUUGCAUUAGAAAUACUUCUUUAAUUUGUUUGAUUGAGUGCAGGUUUAUAUGCACCGGUAAGUAUGCAAUUCCACUAUUCUGAACUCCUAAAUGUAGGUUUAGAGCCAGUGGCGGACGCAGAAUCUUAUUGUGGGGACCAAAUCAUAGGUAUUCAUAUAUUAACAACAUAAUAUCAUCUUUAUAUAAUAAUCACACAAUUUUGAGGGGACCAUUCUUCAUAAUUCUUACAAACAAAACCUAAAAUGUAAUGAAAAUUGGGAGGCAGGCACUGUUUGGUGGUAUGGUUUUCAAAUUUUGAUGUCUUCGUUUUUUAUUACAGAAGCAGUGGAAAGAAUUCCGAACGAAACAACACCAAAAAGUUUGUAAACGAUCACAAGCUCCUAUGACACCAUCAUAAGCUCCAACACAGACCCAGGCAUCAUCAAAAUGCUCCAUAUAGGGGCAACAACACAAUCUAUAACUCUCUCAUAAGCUCCAAGAAAAUACCAUUUUGAAUUGUAAGAUGGUUUUUAAUGUUUCCUAUGGAUGUGAACACUAAAAAAUUGAAUCUGCUCUCACAUUGGAUUUGGGACAUUGACUUUGUUCACAUUGUUUUAGCAGUGAAUUUCUCGACACAUAUGAGUCAGCAUUUCAAGAUGACUGAAGAGCCUGCUGGAAUACAACCUGAUGCAGAUAUGAACGACUCUGAUGCAGACAACAAGAUGGCAGAAAGUAUGUUUGGAAGGGAGAUCUGUGGGUCCGAGGGAGAAAUGCUCGCGUUAUACGAUGAAAGAGAAUUAAUUAUUCAUGAAACGGAUGGUAAUGGGGAACCUUACAUUGGAAUGGAGUUUGAGUCUGAAGAGGCUGCCAUGGCAUUCUAUGAUGCAUAUGCAAAGCGCAUGGGGUUCAUCAUCCGUGUCGGUAACUGCCAUCGUUCAAGUCAUGAUGGGUCACUUAUUAGUCGCAGGUUUCUUUGUAAUAAAGAAGGUUUUAGGGUAAAUAAUAGGAAAUUAAAGAGGCUUGAAGUGAGGAAGCCGAGGGAGUUAACUAGGGAAGGAUGCAAGGCCAUGAUAAUGGUGAGGAAGGAGAAAUCUGAAAAAUGGGUUGUCACAAAACUUGAAACAGUGCAUAGUCACCCGUUGGGGAUACCUGCAGGGAAGGGUCGUCGUGGCACAGUUCAGGCCCGGCCUCAGGAUGAAAAGGAUAAGAAAAUUCGGGAGUUAUCGACGCAGCUUCAACGCACAAACCAACAGUUGGCAGAGUGCCGAAACAAACUAGACAUGGUUUUGAAAGAUAUAGAAAACCACACUAGCCACCUUACAAAAAGUAUCCAAGAAAUAGUUGAAAAGGUGAAAGAAGUUGAAGAUGAGGAAGAAGAAGAAGAAGAAGAUCAGUUACAGCCAAGUUGAAGCGUCAGCAUGUAGCUUUACCGAAAAAGAAAGAGAAGUGGUAGCAUGUAGGGUUUCCACCAUUGAUUGCUUUUCCAACUACUACCUAAAAUCGCUCCAUCCACCAGUCCACACCAUACUGGGUUUGUUUUUUCUUCAUUUUUCCUGUAUAUUUUCUUUUUCCUUUUCCCUUUUCCCAUUCAAUCAUUAAACUCUGCUGUUUAGAGAGUAUUCUGGUGUAUAUAGGUCGGAAUUGGCAUAAUGGGAAAGCUCCUCAAAGGCUUGAUCAUUUUUUGAAUGGUCGUGGGCUUGAUUUCAAA